AUGUCAUCUCAUAACUUACGACUAGAAAGGGACCUCGAAAUCCUAGUUGAUAUGUACCCGGAACUCCAAACUUUGCAAGAAAAUAAGACUCUAACAGGUACUUUGCCUUUCAAUAUUCAAUCGGGACAAGAAGACGUUCGCGUUACAUAUAAUAAUGAGCCCGAUGUGAAACUGGAGAAGCUUCCCAAUAAUGUUUUAAAGUUCAAAAUAUGUCCCUUGGAGAAAUAUCCUAAUUUACUGAAUGGAAUUAGUCUUGAACUUGAAUCUCCUUGGAUGGGGGAGGAGGACAAAUCGGAAAUACUUCAUGCGAUACGACACGAGUUUGGCCAUCUGACUGAUCCAAGUAAUGAAAGUUUUGAUAUAGACACACCUCUUCUGAUGCUUAUAUUUGGGUUUCUCCUGAAUGAUUGUGGGUGCCUGCUGUUUCCAAAUAAUGAAAGAAAGUGCCAAACCAAAGAAGAAUAUGAUAACUAUAAAGAACUCCUCAACGUUCUUGAUGAGGAGGAAAGAAGUAAGACGAACUUCCACUGCUGUAUUUGUAUGGAAACCCAGAAGGGAGACAAAAUGAUUAAAUUUCCGUGUUCAAGUAAAUCCCACUUCCUCUGCGUCGCUUGUACAAAAAAUUACUACACUACAAUGAUUGAUGAAGGGAGGAUUACCAAUGUGAGAUGCCCAGAAUGUAAAUUUGACGAUCUAGAUCUAUCGAACUUUCAGAGUUUCUCGCAGCUAAAACGAGCGUUAUUUACUCCGGCAAUCCCCUUUGAUUUUUUCGAUGGAAUAUUAACGGAUGAAGUCUGUAAACGAUACGAAGCUUUGUUUUUUGCUCAGAAUGCUACGAAACUGUCCAAAUAUUCUCCAUAUGCAUGCACCACCUGUCCGAGAUGCGGUAAGUGGUGCAUUAAGAAUGAUUUGGAUGAUGUACUAAUGAAUUGUACUCAGUGUGAUUUUACAUUUUGCUUCGACUGCCUCCAUUCGUGGCAUGGUUACAAUAAUGCAUGUGGAAGGAAGGUUUUGAUUGCAUCUGAAACUUUGGAGGAGUAUUUGGACAAAGAGUUGACGGAUCAGAGAAAAAAGGAACUUGAAAUCCAGUUUGGGAAACGAAUACUCGAGUUGGCCUCUAGCGAGUACACAGCAGAUAAACUUUUGGAGUUGGCAAUUCAGGAGGAAGGCUCUGAUCUUCAAAGAUGUCCAAAUUGUAGACUAGUGGUACAGAGGAGUGAGGGUUGUAACAGAAUGAAGUGUGAAGUUUGUGGAUCUUUGUUCUGUUAUUUAUGCGGGUUAUCUUUGUAUGUCGAUGACUGCUACGAGCAUUUCAGGAACCUGAGGUCGCCAUGUUACGGCAAAUUAUUUGAAGGUAUGCCCGGGACCCAGGAUGCAUAA